AUGUUGUCUAUCAGAAGGAACGUAGGCGUAAAGAGAUGCUUUCUAUACUUUCAGAAAUCCAAUUUCAGUCUCCCUUCUUCAUAUAAGCCUAACAGCAACAACGUCAAGAAGCUACCCUUUGCUAAGAGCUUCUCAUGGUGGUGGAAGUCAUUGAACCCAAAUAGAUUGAAAAUUUUACAGGAUCAACUCUUAGAUCUUAUGAUUUCACCAAAGAAUAGUGAAAAUUCCCAGAUCCUGUGGGAAAAUAAAAGGGUGAAGAUAAAUGUAGGAGAUGGUGACAACUAUAUUAACGAAGUAAGCAUUGAACUUGUAGACCCCAGUAAUGUAAAUAAACCAAUCAAGCAUGUAGUGUUCGUUCAUGGAUAUGGUGCGGCUCUAGGCUGUUUUGCUAGAAACUUUCAAGUGAUUAAUCUAUUGAAAGACAUGAACUAUAAUUAUAAGAUCCACUUUCUAGAUAAUAUAUCCUUUGGGCUAUCGUCUAACCCCGAUUUGUUGAAGCUUUCGAAGAGAAUCCCGAAAUGCGUUGAAUUAACGAUGAACGAUCCAGAUCCGACAGAUCCAAAGAAGUUGUACAAUAAGUAUUAUAAGUUAAUCGAUUCCUACUCAAUUGACUUGGGAGAAUUUGAUAGGUACAGAGAAAAGUUCUUCCCUAUCUUAAGGGACAUUGAGAAUUAUUAUACGUCAGCUAUAGAUCAAUGGAGAAUUAGUUCUGGAAUCGACAAGAUAGACUAUUUGAUCGGACAUUCUUAUGGUGGACAUUGGUCAGCUUCUUACUCUGUAAGGUAUCCUGAGAAGCUAAAGCAUUUAAUUCUACUUUCACCAGUUGGAGUGGAAAGACACGUCCAAGCGGUGACCAAUCCAAUUCGGACUAGAGUUGGACAAGAAAAUGAAGAAAAGCGUGUAACACUAACUCCUUCGCUUGACCCUCAAGAUUUUAAUUUCCUUUCUAGGUGGCCCAUUCUUUCAUCGAAGCACAUCUUCAACUGGUAUCAUGUUCAACCCAAAUUGCCAAAAUUGUUAAAAUGGUUCGGACCCUGGGGAGUAAACAUGUACUACGCUAUGUGGUACUCUAAGCUAUUUAAAAUUAAUAGACUCAUAGACAAAAGAGGUGGAGCAGAGAAGCUUUUCCAAAGCUCAAAUGACUUGGUUUAUGGCACGAACGAAGAAAUUCACCUAUUAAUUGAAUACUUGUACAACAACAUGUCCAAGAGUUCAGUAUCGGAUAUCUACAUCAAACACCUAUUGACUCCGAGCACUGUUAGUAAAUGGCCGUUAUACGAUAAGUUUUUGCAUUUCUUGAAAGAUGGAACGAAACCACCAUUCGACCUUCAUAUUGUAUAUGGUCAGUUUGAUUUCAUGAACUCUGAAGCUGGUAAACUUUUGGUGAAAAAGAUCAAUGAGUUGGCUGACAACGAUACGGCUGCAACCUAUGGCGAAAUUGAUGAGGGUGGGCAUAAUUUGUACAUCGAUAAUCCGUUCCAGAUGAAUGAGAGAUUGAAGGAAAUAUUCAAGAAGGACGAUUAG